UGUCCUUAUCAAAGCAAACGGAGAGCUCGUUUAAUAAGAGCUGUUUUAACGGUCACCUUGCUAAUAAGUAUAGUUUGGAUGAUUAAUAGCAUAUUUAUUACAUCUGACAUCACUAUGGAUUAUAUAGUGGAUUGGAUACCGAUGUUUCUAAUUGUAUUGGGUGGUCUGAGCAACUUGUAUACGCGUGUCAUACACGUGGACAAAUUUAGAGUAUUAUUCGAGCGUAUGUCGAAAGACUGGGCGUUGCAAAAGACACACGAUGAGACUAGGAUUAUGCACGAGCAUGCCGAGGCCUCAAGAUUAUUCACACUCCGUUACUUAAGCCUGACGUAUAUAGCCAUAGGGAUAUACAGCAUGUGGAUGUUGACACCGGAAGUCCUCGACAUUAUGUCGCCUAUGAACGAAUCUCGCCCGCGGAGGCAACCUAUUGAUAUUCAAUUUGUUGUCAAUGAGGAGAGAUAUUUUUACGUCGUUCGGUACCAAACGUGUCUUGUAUUUGUCAUCCUGCCUUUAAUUUAUGUCGGCUGUUCCACUCUAUUUGUGACUCUCACGCAACACGUUUGCGGAAUGUGCAAGUUGAUGGGGUAAGAAAUUU